AUGAACCAAGAAGCCCUAACGACGAUGUUGACCACCUUGCAACAGACUCAGAACGAGUUUUGUCAGCAAUUGCUUCGCGAGGUGAGGUCCUCGACUCCGUCACAGGCCGACGCCACUGCUGCUGCCAUCGCUGCGGCUGCUACGUUCGCUGCAGCUAAUGGUAACUUCGCAAAAUGUACGGCUCGUUACAGCGGCAGCAAAGAGGAGCACCUAGAAAGCUUCGUGGAUAACAUCGAAAGUUACAAGUCGUGCAUGCAUAUUACGGACGAAAAUGCUGUUCGCGGUUUGUCGCUACUGCUUACUAAGGAUGCAGGAGUUUGGUGGCAAGGUGUAAAAUCACAACUAAGGACGUGGGAAGAUGCGCUCGAUAAGCUGCGAAGUGCUUUCGGCGAGCGACGCCCUCCUUUUGUAAUAUACACGGAGCUUUUCUCUUUGGUUCAAGGUGAACAAAAUACGGAGAUAUUUGUUUCUAAAGCCAGAGCAUUGUUAGCUAGGUUGCCACCAGAAGACCUUAGUGAGCGAGUCCAAAUAGAUAUGGUAUUCGGGCUCUUAGACCGCCGCAUACGAAAAAGGUUAAAAAGAGAAAAGAUAGAUACGUUUGACACUUUGUUGAAACAUUGUCAAAGUAUUGAAGAUUCACGCAAAGAUAAUCAUGUACCCGUUGCGGCAAAGAAGUCGAGCGAUCGUCAAAGUACUACGGCAGCGAGCAUUUCGCCGAAUCGCGCAAGGUCGCGCGCCAGCGGUGCGAGCGACGUUGCUACGCAACGCGCCGCCGACGAGGCCAACGGCGCCAACGCUUCAACGUCGCGUGCGUCGUCGCCGGGUUCUUCCGAUCAAGCUGACGCCAAACCACGUCGUUUGUUUUGCGUUUACUGUCGUCGUGGCGGGCACAGUAAAGACAACUGUGAAAGGUUAAAUAAAAGUGAAAAAAGUGAUAAGUGCGUAGAAAAUAAAGUCGUUGAGAAAAUUAAGUGUUACGGUUGCGGUGCCCCUGAUGUUAUUCGGUCUAAGUGUUCUAAUUGUAACUCUAAAUCGGGGCUGUCGUUUUAUUCGCUCGACGUAGUGUCCUGUCACGUUGACGGCGCCGCCAACCCGCGUGAGGGCGGGUCGAGCGGACACGACUCGUCGCAACCUGCAUCACCGCCGCCCGACGCCGUGACGGCGCAGGUACGGGGCGGCGAAACUUCCGGCGUACGGCUCUGCGAAAGUCCUGCGCGUGCUCGCGAGUGUUUGCGAGAACGCGAUACUUACGCCGCCGGUCACGGGGCAGCGGCGGCGCCUGCGCCAGGGACAAGCGCCGCGCCGACCGCUAACCCCUCGCCUGCGCACUGUGGAGGAGGUAACCCUACGCAUGCCGUGGGUGAUUUUAGUUACGUACAAGCUUUAUUUUGUAAUGAUGAAAGUCAAAAUGUGUCUUGUAGUAAUGUUAGUCAAACUUUAUUUUGUAAUGAAAAUCAAGUUUGUGGUGAUAAUGUUAAUGUUUGUCAGGUCAGUGUCAAGGCUUCUCCCCGUCCUAUUAUGAUUAUAAAUAUUCUUGGGGCGAGUGGCUCAGCACUUGUUGAUCCUGCGGCUAAGGCUAGUGUUGCCGGUCACACGUUAUACGCUUUCCUGCGAAGUAAAGGACACCCGUUAGUGUCGUCAACAAUGAGUGUUAGGUUGGCAGACGGUGUUAGUAGGGAUAUGACUGUACUCACCGCGGAGGUGGAGGUGACACUGAAACACAAGACAAGAAAAACUAGUUUUGUGAUUUUUCCUGAUGCCGUUAGUAACGAGUCUCUCCUAGGAAUAGAUUUCCUUAAGGAUUUCGGUUUAAUCGUUGAUUUUCGCGACGAUCUUUGGUAUUUCGCUGAGAAUAGUAAACAAAAGUAUGGGUUACAGUUUGAAAGCGUGUCAUCUCCAGCUCUGUGUAUUGCUGCUUUAGAGGUACUUCGGGAGGACGAAGCCACUUUGUUCGGCGCGCAACAACACGAGUUGCUUGCCCAGUUGCCCCCUGAAAACAAGGACCUGUUUGAGCUAGGGGGAGGGCUAACUUUUUAUCCAGAGCACAGGAUCGACGCGGGCGACCGUGCGCUUAUCGCGGUGCCGCCUUGUCACGUCACGCCUGCCAAGAAGGAGGUCAUGCAAGCGGAAGUAGAGAAGUUGCUGGCGGUUAUGAUUUGA